UUAUACCUACCUAUAUUAAAUACAUCUUAUGCACAUCUGUUGGCCAGAUGUCUUGAAACAUGUUUAGGGAAAAUACGUUUUACCUAACUAUUGGCUGUUACGUCGCUUUGUUUCUUUUUCUGUUGUCAGGGUUGAGGACAGCGUAGCUCUCUGAGGAUUUAUGUGACAGAAAGUGAUAAAAUGGUUCACGAAACUAAGAAUAAGAAGGAAGAAAUUUUAAACUUAAUUUACCAGAAUCAUCUUUCUCUUCUAUUAAACUACCUGUGUACACAUACACACCAUACGUGUGGUUGUACAUAAUUUAUACUUCCAUCUACGUGUGUGUGUCCAUCAGAUUACAUGACAUAGCUUCCCUGCAAAACAGGAAACACAUUGUACAAUGUCAUUUUUUAUGUACAAGCAAACAUCUGCAACAUAUUUUAUAGAUCAGUUCAUUCUAGGCUAUGUAGGGCGAAAUAACUAUAAAUCUUUUCAGCAAUGAGGAAUCCUUUAUUUCACUGAUUCUCAAAUAUCCAAAUGCUGUCUUUUAACCAUUGACUCCCUUGCAUAAUUACACACUAAAUGAUUGCUAUACAUCAUUAUCAUCAUUAAACAAUAAUUAUGAUGAUAUAGAAUAUGGAGAUUUGUUCAUCAUCAAUGUGGAUAGCCAUAACCUGGAACAUAACUGAGAGCCACCAUGGUAUUCGACCAGAUAAUAUGUCCCUCCAAACACUAUAUAUAUAAAUGCCCUUGUCACUGCCAAAAUACUAAAAUGGAAUUUAAAUGUUAUUCUAAUUAUUAAUAUUUAUAGUUUUAGUUUGGUGGGCACUACAUAUUAGUCUGUGGAAGACAGAAGAAUUUUUUUCUCUUUUUCCAUUUUUUAUGUUCUUUUUUCUUAAUCAAACUUGUUUGGAUGCCGAACUUUUUCUUUUGUGUAAAUAUGUUACUAUUUCAGUUUGUAUUGGGAUUAUAUUUAUGAACCUGUAGAUCAUUAUCCACUUUCUCUGCCAGAAGGGUUUGAAUUAUUUUCUAUUUGAAGUUACUGCUCAUACAUGCCAUUUUGGCUUGCUUUCCAUUACUGGAUGCCCUUCCUAUUAUCAAGCACUGAAGAAUUUUGAAAAAUAACAUCGUCAAUAUGAAGCUGGUAUCUGAAACCUAGAUUAACAUGAUAUUUAAAUGGAAGGCUUUAAUUAAACUCACUUUAAAAAUAGGAAGAUUGUAACAGAACAGAAGUGUUCUUAGACUGGAAGGUAUUAAAAGAAUUAAACUCCUUUCAAAGCUGGGUACAAAACCAGAAACUUCACAUCCUAAAAUAUAACUAAAUUGAGAGGGUCAAGGAAGAGACCAAGCAAUACAAUCACUACACCAUACAGGUUGCUAGACAAAGUUCUCCCCUUAAAUAUUUUCUGGUGACAUUGAGAGAAAAUAUAUUUACAUACAUACAAAAUUUUGAAGACUACAGAAUGACAUAAUCCUCAAGAAAGCUUGUGACAUUGUUUAUCUAAUUGUGAUUGGAUUACUCUAAAAGAUUUGAUUUAAUUAACAAUUGUUAUGUUGAUUGGAAAUAUACUGGCUGGGUCAUGGCAGUCAUAUUAGAGAAGAUUUGACAUUAUACUACAACUGUUUUUCUGUAGUGUCUAAUAUCUGCUUCAUUUUUGAAAUAUUGCAGCAAGAAGAAAUCAUGGAAGAUAAACUGUGUGGGAGUGAGGUUGAGGGUGAAAAACCCUCCAAGAAUACUCGUGUAUCUCAUAAAAGACUGACAAAUAUGGGAAAGAAAUUAAAACUACCCGAUAAGUCUUCUAAAACAUUUACACAUAAUAGUAAUAUCAAUGAGCAGAAAUUUAUUAACACAAGUUCACUGCGUUAUCGAUGUGAUAUUUGUGGUAAAAAGUUUAUGGUUAAAGGCUUUUUGUCUGUACACAAACGUAUUCAUACAGGUGAGAAACCAUACCACUGUGAUAUCUGUGGUGAAGCAUUCUCUGAGAGAGGACAGUUAAUUAGCCAUAAAAGUGUUCACACAGGUGAGAAACGACUCCACUGUGAUAUCUGUGGUAAAGCAUUUUCAAUAAGUUAUCAGCUAAAUCUUCACAAACGUGUUCACACAGAUGAGAAACCAUACCACUGUGAGUUCUGUGGUAAAUCCUUCUCACAGAAAGAUGGUAUGCUUAUACAUGAACGUAUGCAUACUGGUGAAAGACCAUACUGUUGUGAUAUCUGUGGUAAAACAUUCUCCUGCAAAGGCACUAUGCAUAAGCAUAAGCGUAUUCAUAGUGGUGAGAAACCCUACCAUUGUGAUAUCUGUGGUAGAGCAUUUUUACACAAAUGUAGUAUGCUUGAUCAUAAACGUAUUCAUACUGGUGAAAAACCUUACCACUGUGAUAUCUGUGGUAAAGAUUUUGCUCAUAGUUGUAGCUUAACUAAUCACAUACGUGUUCAUACUGGUGAAAAACCCUUCCAUUGUGAUAUUUGUGAUAAGACUUUUACUCAGAGUGGUAGUUUAACUUCCCACAAGCGUGUUCACAUGAAUGAGUAACCAUAAACUGAAAUGAAAUUUCAAAUCACAAACAAAUACAUUCAAAUUUCUCAGAAGUUGUAGCUCUGAGUAAAGUAUGAAUCGCUGAAUGAAGAGCAUAGCACAUACCAAGUGGCAAUGUCAGCUUGUAUUCUCUUCUCAACUAAAUACACCUAGCUGAAAUAGGUUCUGCUGUGUAGGAACAACUGAUUGUGAUGUCAACAGUUUAUAUUCUUCUCAACCCAGUGUAUCAUGCUGUAAUAUGUACUGCAGUUUAGGAACAACUUGUCUCUGCAUGCAGCAGCAAUGUUCAAGUGAUGAAUAAUCUCUUUACUUGCAUUGUUGAAUUUGAUUUUCCUUCUAUAGGAAAAACUACCUGUAACAAACCGUUUUCAUAUCCAGAGUGAGAUUUGACUCUAUAUAAACUGAUGAUAAAUAUGAAGCUAUAUUAAUCAUUGUGAUUCAGAAGAGAAUUUAUCACUGUGAAAUUUGUAGUGAAGCAUUCUGUCAGGGUCGAAUUUCAUUUCAUCAUACACAUCCUCACAUUUUGAGGUAACCAUAGCAUUGAGAUAUAAUCUGUUUUAAACCUUGCCUGAUAAAAAAAUAUUUGGCUGGUCACAAACACUGGAAAUAAGCUGUAAAACUACUACAGUCGUCAGAAAUACUACCAGUAUCUCUUUACUUCAUUAUAAUCUCUUUUGUUUCAUUUGAUGUAGACAAAUGUGCCUAUUAUUUUCUUCAAAAUUUCAAAAUUGCAGCUAACAUGAUUGACUUAUUAGGUCUAAAAUAUAUACUAGAUUACAUAUUAAACUAUCAAUAAAUUGAAGUCAUCUUUCAUUGAUUGUGCACAUUGUAUAUUUGAGACCAUAUCAAGACUAAUUAUCUGUGAAUAGAUAUACUGAUGAACCAAAGGCAGCGUUAUCUCUAUAUACUCUUCUACACAAGCAAAGAUGGCACUGCAAACAGUUUACUAUGUUCUUCAACCUGACUGAAAUAUUUAACCAGGCAUUUGGUAAUUUGGGUUGUAGAACUUUGGUUUACCUUGAACUUAGAAAAUUUGAAGGAUUUCAACUCUAAUAAACAAUAAAAUAAACAUAGCUCACUUCUAAAGUUCA